AAAGGAGAGUUGCGCCCCAUAUAUGAAGCUGGACAAGCAAAAAGAAGAGCAAGGAAUCUUUCAUACAUGGCAAUGCAUUUCUUUUUUAAUCAGAGACUCGAUAAGUGCUUAGCGUGCCGAUGAAAAAAAUUAUUAAAAUGGCAAUGACCCACACGUCGGUUUGAAUCCCUUUGCCUCAAUCUGCUUUCUCUCAAGACCUAUCUAUUAUUCUAAUAAUGGUAAUUAGGUGUCUGACACUUGCAAUUGUUUGUUAACAUUGUUUUUACUAACUCGAAUCAUUUGUUUCAUAAAGCAAUUAGUAAACUAAUUCUUCAUGGUGUCCUUGUGUUCUUGGCUUGACUUUAUAUAUAAUAGGCUUAUGGGCUAUGGCCCUGCAUUCUCUUCAAUGAUCAAACUCCAUUGCAGUGGUAUGUUCUUGUAGUUUUAUUGUCCACUGCAAGUACGAUGGGAAGGAGACCUUGUUGUGACAAGGUUGGAUUGAAGAGAGGCACAUGGAGUGUCGAAGAGGAUCAAAAGCUCAUGAACUUCAUCCUCAGUAACGGGAUAAAAUGCUGGCGACAUGUUCCUAAACUUGCAGGCUUGCUGAGGUGCGGGAAGAGUUGUAGAUUAAGGUGGAUGAAUUAUUUGAGGCCUGAUCUCAAGAGAGGUGCAUUUUCAGAAGCCGAAGAAGAUCACCUGGUUGAGCUUCAUUCACGUUUGGGCAACAGGUGGUCCAAGAUUGCUGCAUUUUUCCCAGGCCGUACAGAUAAUGAGAUCAAGAACCAUUGGAACACAAGAAUUAAGAAGAAGCUAAAGCCCCUAGGUCUAGACCCACAAGGCCACGAGCCACCGGUUGAGCAGGCUGAGACCAACUGCGAUGCAAAAGAAAGCACAUUUGCAGCUAUGAAAGAAGUAGUGGGCAACAUUAACGUAGACCAGAAUUUACUAGAAAAUCCAGUCUCAAAGGUAGAAACUAGGCUUGACCACGACCAUCCUUGCUCUGCCCACAAUACCAGUAAAGCUUUGAGAGAAGAUUCCGAUGCAGGGUGGUCAACUUUUCCCUCGCUCACUGACCUGCAAUCCGAUUCGUGUUUAUCAAGAUCAAUGGAUGAAUAUGUCUUACAAGAAAGUUCUUCUGAAUCUUACUGGAUUGAUGCUUAUGUGGAUUCUUUGCUCUCAUGGGAUGGCCUCAGCUUCAGUAAUCUGGAAUAGCUAGAUAUUUCUUUUCAUCAUCAAUGAGUGUGGAUCAAUGUACAUCAUUUCAGCUUUCAUGUGAGGUGGCAUGUAAUUACAUGUAUAAUAUCUAUCUAGGUUAUGAGCAUUUGGAGGCAUUCUUUACAAA